AUGCCCGGUACACCAGACUACCAGUCCAGCCCGUAUUUGGUACGGGUUUUUGUUUCUGUUGGACUCUUUUUUGGACAGUGCCGAAAGGCUUGGGUGAAACACAUCCUACACACGGUGCCCACCUCCCGCCCACAGCCUGCAGCAAUCAUCCCAGGUGCAGCUGCACAGGCUUUGGCCGACCCUGUCUGGGAGUUGGAGGACCUCGACGAUGAGGUGGAGAUGUCGAAGGAGGAGUCAGACGUCUCUUCCGUUUCCUCUUCGUCUUUUUUUUCGGCUUUGACCGACCCUGUCUGGGAGGUGGAGGACCUCGACGAUGAGGUGGAGAUGUCGAAGGAGGAUUCAGACGUCUCUAGCAGAUACACCUCACCUUUUUCCUCUUGCUCAGAAUCUUCAGUGGAGGACCUCACCACCACCGUCUUCCCACCAGAGCUAACCGGCCAGGGAGUCACUGCACCUUCACCCACCAUCAGAACACAGAGCAGAUCCCUGAAAAGAUUCACCACCAACUUUUGGACCUCUGUGUUUUCUCGUUUCAGGUCCCGUGCUCGAGUCUCGGUGCUGGUUGGGGAGGCGGACCAAGGUCUGGAGGCGGAACCGGCUGCACAGGACGUGCAGGACCUGGAAGAGCGAAGGGACGCGGUGGAGACCCCUCCCAAAAGAAAGGGAGGAAGGAGGAAGCUGUUCCUGAGCUGCUUCAGGGGGUCAGAGAGGGAUUAAUUAGAUUGAUUGAUUUAAAUAUUCAUACCUAUUAAUUAUAUAUAUUGAUUGAAGAUAUAUUAUUAUAUUUAUAGGCAUUCAUCAGAUUCAUUGUAGAUAUAUUAUUAUAUUUAUAGGCAUUCAUUUGAUUG